UACCUUGCAUUGCCUUCAUCUGGUUCAGCACUGAUGCCAGGCACUGGUUCCUGCAACAGCCGUUGAGUCUCCUUGAGUAUUCUUCGUGGUAGCACAGACAUAUUGCUCAGUAUUUUUUAAAGUGUGAUAAGUGACCGUUACUAAAACUACUACGAGAUUUUCCUACCGUGCGCUGUUGCUGUUGCCUUUUAUUGUAUAAAAAUUUGGUCCUUGCAGUGUUGGUCGUGGUAAGAGUGUGUGUAUUAUUAUCGUCUUUUGUUUUUUUUCAACUCGAUUAUCAAUAAAGUCGAAUGCAGGUAUGUUAUUGUUCGAUGACUACUACAACUACAACUGAUAUUCUAUGCUAUAACCAUGUAUUAUCACGGGUUGCAAACAUGUCCGUGAAAUUCGCUGGAUACGUACAUGGAGUAUUUGAGUAUAAUAGUGAAACAAUAUCGUAUCGACAAAACAAUAAUAAUAAUACGAGUGCACCGGUGUAAAACUGCAAAUAUUUGUUACAAUAUGAUAAAAAAGUAAAAAAAAAAAUACAAUACUAUUUUUUCUGCGCCGAAAAGAAACUAUUUAAGUAAACGCGUGCGUAUUUAGGUACAGUAAAUCACUAUUGAAGUAAUAAUCUACUAGUGCUGCUGUUGGUGAAUUGACAAAAUCAUAAAAUCACGAUUACGAACACUAAUGGAACAAAACUGUACCAAAAUGGCGCGUGGGCAAUUGGUUCCUAACCUGUAUUUUUGGUAAAUCGUUUUUACACAAAACGUUUUGAUAAGUUAUUUUCACGAUUUUACUCAUAGAUAAUAAUAUUAUACACGUUAAUAUAUUAUACUAUAGAUAAAUAUGCAUUGUAUAAAAUAUAAUAUAAUAUUAUAUUAUACUAUGAUUUUACAUACAUUCUAGAGUAGGUUUUUAUGGACCCUAAUGAUCCUAUCAGCUCACAUACGCCAAUAAAAGAUUACUGAAUUUUAAUUUUUAUAAAGAGGACAAAUUAUAGUCAGUACUAAGGAGCUAAAAAUUAAAAUAUAAAUAUAAUACAUUAUAUAUUUUUUUUAAAUAUAUAGCCAGGCUCUCUUAAGAAAGUCUCUAGACAGUCCAGUAGCAGCUAUUAACUAAGUACUAACUUAUUAACUCCAGCCAUUAUUGCGCGCCAACUACUACAAGUUUUUAAUAACGUUUUUAGGUUAUGUAAGUAAAUAUUGUUAUUAUUUUUGUUGUCUGAUAGUACAAUCAUUUAUCUUAUAUUUUGUCAUUAUACUCAAUGAUUUAUACAUAGAUAAAAAUGUAUUGGUACUUUAAUAUCCAAAUUAUAAGAUGUAUAUUAUAUCUUAAUAAUAAUUGAGGAUAGAGAUAUGGAGUUAAUUCUUAUUUUUUAGUUAGUUACAUUAAGUAUGUACAAACGUACAGUAUAAUUGGUCAUACAAUUCGAAAGACCCUUAUAUUAUAUCCGUGAUUCUCAAGUUCUCAACCAAAAACUUAUUAUUAUCGUGAUGUAUGUCACCAAAAAAAUUAUUUUUGAAAAUUAGUAAAUUUAUAUUGUGCGUAUUACAUUGACACGUGACAUAAACAUGACGUUGAAACCAUAUUCGUGGUUCUACUUAUUUAAAUUUAUGCCGGGCGUUUGUAGCUUGUCUAAGAUUAUAGUUUGGUAAUUGAAAAAAAUACAACCGAUAGUACUAGCCGUUGGUACUUAGUGGUAAUAAUUAAAAUAGAGAUUAUUAGUUUUCCUUCUGGUCAAGACAAAAACGACCACUAUGUGGUUAACCAAAAAAUCGGUCACUCUACUAUAUUUAUCAUCGUGCAAAUUAUUUGCUACAUUGCUAUUUCUAUAUGGGUUCUUUUCAUUCGGUUAUAAUGAUACUCGUACGUCAACUCCGAAUGAUAUUCCAUCAAUUAUACGACCGAACCAAAACGACAAUGAGCCCUGGCGGUAAUUAAUUAUUUCAUGUUUUAUAAUAAAGAUGUUAAUCUACUUACUUAAAUACUCAGGAUGGUAUUUAAAUAUACUAUGAAUAAAUUAAAAGAUUGUAUUGUUUAGUAUGUAGGUACUUGAUUCUCCUCGCUUAUACCUAAUGGUAAAUAUUUUUAUAAUACAAAACUAAUGAAUUUGAAUUCUUUAAUUUUGAAAUUUAGUAUGUAUUUUUGAUAUUAUUCAAAUACAAAUUAUUUUUAUAGAUAUUUGUUAUGACUAAAAUUUUGCUUUUUUGAAACAUUUUUGGCAUUAAUAUUUUUGUUUUAGGUUUGACACACAUCGUUUGUAUCAAAACUCAGUGAACAAAGUUGUAUUAAUGGUAAUUGAUGGUAUUCGAUAUGAUUUUUUUACGGAUUCUGAGUUCAAUAUCUACAUGCCAUUUUCUACUGAUCUCAUUAAGCAACACAGAAGUUGUUUGUUUCGUACCAGAGUGAAUGCUCCUACAGUUACAAUGCCUCGUAUAAAAGUAAAGUUAUAUUUUAUAAACUAAAAAAUUGAUUACAAUUAAUUCUGUAUUUACUUAUAAUAUGUUUUGUUUAUUUAACAUUUUUACAGGCAUUGACUACAGGAACUGUCCCAAAUUUUAUUGAUCUUGUAUUAAAUUUGGAUAGUUCAGCAGUUCAACAAGAUAGCAUUAUUUACCAAGCUUGUGCUGCUAAUAAACGAGUUAUAUUUUAUGGAGAUGACACAUGGUUAAAAUUAUUUCCAAAUUCAUUUAUAAGAUUUGAUGGAACUACAUCCUUUUACAUAUCUGAUUACACUGAAGUAAUACUUCAAUACCUAUAUCUGUAUACUUUUUAUGUUAUAUUAAGUAAACAUUGUACUAAGUAGGUAUUAAUUUCUUUAGGUGGAUAACAAUGUCACUCGUCAUUUAGAACACGAAUUAAAACCAACAGCCGAUUGGGACAUAAUGAUACUGCAUUAUUUGGGACUCGAUCAUAUAGGUCAUAUUAGUGGACCUCGAAGUCCGUUGAUGCCAAAUAAAUUAUCUGAAAUGGAUAAUAUUAUUCGCCGUUUAGUAAAUUAUUUGGUAAAUAAUAAUAUAAUUUUUUUUUUUUAAAUUAAUAGGGUUUUAACUGUAUAGGAUUCUGAAGAUUCUGAACUAUCUUCAGUUUUGAUAGUUUGUGGUGAUCACGGAAUGCGUGAUAACGGUGGUCAUGGUGGAUCUUCUGUUGGUGAAGUUACCGUCCCUUUAUUUGUUUAUUUUAAAAAUCAAAAGUGUGGUGGAUCUAUAGAGUAUGUUCAAUUUGUUAUAUAUACUUAAAUAUGUGAUAAUACAUUUUAUUUAUUCUUUUAAAUUGCAAAAAAAAAAAAAAAUAGAGAUGAAAUAAUGCAAAUAGACUUCGUGCCAUCAAUUUCAGUAAUUAUGGGAUUACCAAUACCUUCUGGUAAUACAGGAAAACUUAUUAAUAAAUUUUUAAAAAAUCUUAAUAUCAAUGACAUUCUUUUUGCUUAUUAUUAUAAUACUCAACAAAUGUAUAAGAAUUAUGUUUCAAAAAAAGGAUCAAUAAAUAAAGGUACCUACUUUAAAUUAGAUGUUAAAAUAACUAAAAAAAAUAAAAAUCUGUAGUUGGAAUAAAACUGAAUAGAAUUUGUAUAUUAUAAUUAUUUAAAGAAUAAAAUUGUGUUAUAAUACUUAUUAGUUAUUAUUUAUAUCAGUGUUUAUCAUCUAUAGAUUUUAUGGAGGACUACAAUAAUGCUAUAUUAUAUUAUUAUAAUUGGUUGAAGAAAGAAAGUAAAUCCAUUGAUGAUGUACUUCAUCUUAUUUCUUUAUACGAAUCAGUUUUGAGUGAUAUGAGCAAUUAUUUAGUAGGAUCAAUAGCCAAAUUUGAUGUAUUCCUCAUAAUUGUCUCAAUUGUACUAUCUAUACAGGUAUCUAUAUAAAUUCAAAACUUUUUUUUAUUUUUUAAAUGAUUAUUAAUAUUACCCAUUAUUGUUUUAUAAUUCAAGGUCUGGAUGUUGCUUGUAGACUUUGAUGCUGUGAAUAUCAAAUUUAUUAAAGUGAAUCGUUUAGUAUACCUAAUGUUAAUUCGUUGGGCAGUUUGUGUAUGGCUGCAAUGUAAUAGUGUUUUAUGUGAAUUCACUGCUACAUUUAAUCUCUUGGCCAUUGUCAUUAUUACAAUGUUUAUUAUAAACCUUGGUAGUUUUGGUUGGCCACUUUCUAAAUUUUUUAAUUUAGCGGUAAUUAAUUUUCUUGAAUUUUAUCUUUUUUAUUUCUAAAAUACUUAUUGUUUUUAGAUUGGUGAUAUUGAUGAACAUUUAUUUUAUGUAUUAUCUGGUAUGUUGAUUCAUGUAUUUAGCCUAUUUUCAUCCAGCUAUAUUGAAGAAGAGCACCAGUUGUUGUAUCAUCUAUGGACUGGAUUUUCAGCAAUUCAAGUAUACAAGACUUUUGUUGAGCAUAACUAUACAUUAACAGUUAAGUGGAUAUUUGCUAUGAUUCUCCAUCGCUUUUGCAAAGAUCUUAAUUAUAUUGGUAAUCAAUGGUCAGGACUCUACAGUUUAAGUGAUUGGUUUCGUGAGUUUCAAAAUCAAGGAUAUUUGUCAGCUCUAAUGGCUCUUGGUAAUUUGUAUUCAAAUCAAACAUUUAUUCAAAAUAUUAAUCUUAAAUUUUAAUUUUAGGUCUUUUAAGUAUUUUUUUUGCUUGUAUCAAUAUUUAUAGAUCAGGCAAAAAUAAUAAGCAUUUAGAUGGACUGAGCACAGCUAUAUUUGUUUUAUAUUUUUUGACUUUAUGCAGUGUUUAUAUAUAUAGAGUUGAAACAAAAGAAGUGUCUGUUCCAUUUGGGUUUAACACAUUGUAAUAAUCAUAAUAUACUUAUAAAAAUACUAAAUUAUUUCAAGUAGUAUAUAACUAAUGUAUUGAUAUUUUUAAAGAAAAUUAAUAUUUGGCCUGCGUUCAUGGACCAUCACAUGGUAUUUAUUAAUUGGAUGCCAUAUUAUUGCAUUCAUCAAACAAGCUAAUCAAAAUAAUUGCAAAUGGAAUAAUGCUGUGUGUUCAUUAAUAGUUUUGUUAUUAUUGCGUUUGUCGCUUUUGCUAAGACCACAUAACCUUUUAGUGCCAGCUGUUUUGGUGUAUACAUGCAAACUUAUUAAACUAAAACAUAGAAAUACUUUAACAAUGACAAUACUUCAUUAUUGGUUGUCAUUGAUGUUCUUUUUUUAUCAGGUGAAUAUAGUUUCAUAUAUCAAUAAUAAUAUUAAUAUUAAUUACAUUUUUUUUAUUUCAAUAUAACUGACUUAGUCAAAGUAUGUACAUUUUUGAUCUAAUUGCUUGUUUUUAAUAACAAAUAAUAUUAUUAUUAUUUUUAGGGUAAUUCAAACAGUGUCGGCACAUUAGACAUAGUGCCUGGAUAUAUUGGUCAAACGAGUUAUGAUCCACUUGUUGCAGGAAUUCAUAUUCUUACUCAUACAUUUGGUUUUCCAAUGCUGGUUUAUUUAUUCCUAGUACUUGAUCAAAAGUAAAAUAUUACUUGUAUCAUUUAUGUAGAUUUGUAACUAAUUUGAUUUGAAUAUUAUAGGUUUUCAGGACUUCAAAAACUUUUUACAUUGACUGUUACUCAAUCAUGUGUGUAUAACAUUGUUAUUUUAUUGUUCCGCAACCAUUUAUUUAUAUGGUCAGUGUUUUCUCCAAAACUUUUGUACAUUGCUACAUUUACAUCUAUAACGUAUAUGUUUUCUGCAUUUAUUGUAAUUUUAUUAACUUUAUGCAGAACGUAGCAAAUUAAGACUUUAAAAAAAAAUGAACUCUAGUACUUUUGUUACAUUUUAUGUGCAAUGGGUAUGUAAUUAUAUUAUUUUAAUAAUGACUCUUGUUAUUUCCAAACUAUUUUUACCAUUGUAUUUAAGUUUAAGAUAUAAAACAUAUUGUGUUAGGUCACAUUAAUAUUCAAAUUUUACUUCAUAGAGUUUAUCAUAAAUUAUUUUAUACAUUAUACAAGUAUAUCACUGGAUUUAGUUUAAUUUUUCAUUAGCUAUAAUUUGAAUAUUUUGAAUUGACUGUAACACUAAGUAAAUAAUUAUUCCAAAGAAUUAUUUAGUCUUAUUCAAAUGAAAAACUGUAUGGUACCUAUGAUAAUCUGUGUUAUUAUUUUGAUUGUUAACUAAUAAAUAAUGUUUAUUAUUUAUCUAUUAAUUUAUAUAUCAUAUAAAUGAAUUUAUGUAUCACUCAAGUUUGUCAUAUAGAUCAUGAUAC